AAAGAGAUGAGCGUGGUGAAGGGUUUGGAUGUGGAGAGGUACAUGGGGAGAUGGUAUGAGAUCGCUUCAUUCCCGUCAACGUUUCAGCCUAAGAAUGGGGUGGACACCAGGGCGACGUACACGCUUAACGAAGAUGGUACAAUCCAUGUGUUGAAUGAGACUUGGAAUAACGGGAAGAGAGCCUUCAUCGAGGGAAGUGCUUACAAAGCGGAUCCCAAGAGUGAUGAGGCUAAGCUUAAGGUCAAGUUUUAUGUUCCUCCUUUCUUGCCCCUCAUCCCUGUGACAGGAGACUACUGGGUUUUGUACAUAGACAAGGAUUAUCAGUAUGCUCUGAUUGGUCAACCUCACAGAAGCUAUCUUUGGAUUCUGUGCCGCAGUCCUCAUCUUGAUGAAGCGAUCUACAACGAGCUGGUUGAGAGGGCAAAAAGUGAAGGGUAUGAUGUAAAGAAGCUUCACAAGACGACCCAAUCUGAUAAUCCGCCAGAAGUCGAGGGUGCAUCGAAUGACAAGGGAAUUUGGUGGAUAAAAUCCCUCUUUGGAGGGUAAAGAGUGUCAAUAACAGCAAUGAAGGGUUCAUCAUGUACUUAACAAAAAUAAAGAGAGCUUCAUAGCUGACUAGUACAGAUAUGAGCGUCUCAGAUUUGUGCACAGUUUGGAGGGUGUCUUUCUGAUGUUGUUAUUAGUGUCUGGAUGGUAU